GCGUGAGGCGCUAGUGUACCCGGGCCUGGGGAGUCCCAGCGCGGACCAAGAGCCGAGCGGAGGCGGAGGAGAUGGCUUCCCAGCCGCCUCCUCCCCCGAAACCCUGGGAGACCCGCCGAAUUCCUGGGGCCGGGCCAGGACCAGGACCUGGACCCACUUUCCAAUCUGCUGAUUUGGGUCCUACUUUAUUGACAAGACCUGGACAACCAACACUUACCAGAGUGCCCCCACCUAUUCUUCCAAGGCCAUCACAGCAGACAGGAAGCAGCAGUGUGAAUACUUUCAGACCUGCUUACAGUUCAUUUUCUUCAGGAUAUGGUGCCUAUGGAAAUUCAUUUUAUGGAAGCUAUAGCCCUUAUAGUUAUGGAUAUAAUGGGUUGGGUUAUAACCGCCUCCGUGUAGAUGAUCUGCCACCUAGUAGAUUUGUUCAGCAAGCUGAAGAAAGCAGCAGAGGUGCAUUUCAGUCCAUUGAAAGUAUUGUGCAUGCAUUUGCCUCCGUCAGUAUGAUGAUGGAUGCUACCUUUUCAGCUGUCUAUAACAGUUUCAGGGCUGUAUUGGAUGUAGCAAAUCACUUUUCCCGGUUAAAAAUACAUUUCACAAAGGUUUUUUCAGCUUUUGCAUUAGUUAGGACUAUAAGGUAUCUUUACAGACGAUUGCAGUGGAUGAUAGGUUUAAGAAGAGGCUCUGAGAAUGAGGACCUAUGGGCAGAAAGUGAAGGAACUGUUUCUUGCCUUGGUGCUGAGGACAGAGCAGCUAACUCAGCAAAAUCUUGGCCAAUAUUCUUGUUCUUUGCUGUUAUCCUUGGUGGUCCUUACCUCAUCUGGAAACUGCUGUCUACCCAUAAUGAUGAAGUAACAGACAAUACAAACUGGGCAAGUGGUGAAGAUGACCAUGUAGUUGCUAGAGCAGAAUAUGAUUUUGCUGCUGUAUCUGAAGAAGAAAUUUCCUUCCGUGCUGGUGAUAUGCUAAACUUAGCUCUCAAAGAACAGCAACCCAAAGUGCGUGGUUGGCUUCUGGCUAGUCUUGAUGGUCAAACAACAGGACUUAUACCUGCUAAUUAUGUCAAAAUUCUUGGUAAAAGAAGAGGUAGAAAAGCAGUGGAAUCCAGCAAAAUUUCCAAGCAGCAACAAUCUUUUACCAACACAACACUAACUAAAGGAGCCACGGCUGCUGAUUCUUUGGAUGAACAGGAAGCUGCCUUUGAAUCUGUUUUUGUUGAAACUAAUAAGGUUCCACUUGCACCUGAUUCCACUGGGAAAGGUGGAGAUAAACAAGAUCUUUGAUAUCUUUUAUGUUUGCCUGCAAUUGAACUAUACUUUUUAAAAAUUACUUCUUACAAAGAAAUUAAUCUACAAUCCAAUGAACACAUUUGUUAAUGGCUAUUCCAGGUGUUUUGCUGCUAGAAAUUAUUAAAGUUGUACACUAGUGUGUUGGUCUAGUGACCUGGUUACGUUUUACAAGUUAUUGGACCAUGAGGAUGUUUGUUUCACCUAGAUUUUAAGAUUAUGGAGACUGCUAUCAUUUUCAUCUUAUUUAAAAUCCUAUAUUUUAUUGAAAGUAAGAUUGAUGAACUAUAGAAUACACUGUUUGCUACAGUAAGGGUCUUUAAUGCUUUUUAAAGUUAGAGCUUAAUUGAUUUGGAAUCCUCCCAGAAAUUGAGUGAUAACAUAUAAAUAUGAGAACAGGCAAAAGGCUACUUUUUUUUUUUUUUUACAACUUUAAACUGAAUAAUAAAAAUUUUCUGAUCUGUGUUAUAUCCAGUCUUGGGUUUGCUUUAGACAGUAAUAUGUUUUUAACCUACCAACAACUGAUACUGUUACCUUUUAUUGUAUUUUUAAAAAUUUAUCUUGGAAGGGUCACUAGAAGUAUUCUGAAGGAGAUUAUUCUAGAGUGAUAUUUAGCCCUUAUAGUUUUUCCUGCUAGUAAAAAGGCUGAAAUUUAUCUUUCUUACAGAUUAUUUCCAUUUCUUCUGAGGAUCAUAGAACUUUUUAUCCCUUUACAAUAUAACUAGUUUUCAACCUGGAUAAAUCAGAAUAUAUGAAAGAUUUACAUUUUUUUUUCUCCAGCCAAGACUGAAAUCCUUUUGAGUUUGCACAUAACAAUAUAAUCAGUUCUAGCAGUAAUGAUUUAAAUCUUUUCAUGGAUUCUCUGCUUUUCCCUAGUGUAAUUACUUUUUAAAUUCCA